GCCCACACCGCCUUGCCCCGCCCCAAGCCGCGCUGUGCUCCAGGGGCGGGGGCCCACGGCGGCCACUCACGGCGCUCCACGGCCGCAGCGUCAGUGACGUAGGGUUGGCGCACUGAUCCGUUGCGGCUGCGGCUGCGGCUCUGCAGUCGUGCCGUCCCUUCGCCGCCGCCAGAGGUGGAGGUGUAGCUGCGUAGCGUCGGGCGCGCUACCGCACCCAGGUUCGGCCCGCAGGCAUCUGGCAGCCCAGCGCCAUCUUCGUCGAGCGCCAUGGCCGCAGCCUGCGGGCCGGGAGCGGCUGGGCACUGCUUGCUUCUCGGCCUGCUUUUGUUUCUGCUGACCGCGGGCCCUGCCUUGGGCUGGAACGACCCUGACAGAAUGUUGCUGCGGGAUGUAAAGGCUCUUACCCUCCACUAUGACCGCUAUACCACCUCCCGCAGGCUGGAUCCCAUCCCACAGUUGAAGUGUGUUGGAGGCACAGCUGGUUGUGAUUCUUAUACCCCAAAAGUCAUACAGUGUCAGAACAAAGGCUGGGAUGGGUAUGAUGUACAGUGGGAAUGUAAGACGGACUUAGAUAUUGCAUACAAAUUUGGAAAAACUGUGGUGAGCUGUGAAGGCUAUGAGUCCUCUGAAGACCAGUAUGUACUAAGAGGUUCUUGUGGCUUGGAGUACAAUUUAGAUUAUACGGAACUUGGCCUGCAGAAACUGAAGGAGUCUGGAAAGCAGCACGGCUUUGCCUCUUUUUCUGAUUAUUAUAAUAAGUGGUACUCGUCGGAUUCCUGUAACAUGAGUGGAUUGAUUACCAUCGUGGUGCUCCUUGGGAUCGCCUUUGUAGUCUAUAAGCUGUUCCUGAGUGACGGGCAGUAUUCUCCUCCACCGUACUCUGAGUAUCCUCCAUUUUCCCACCGUUACCAGAGAUUCACCAACUCAGCAGGACCUCCUCCCCCAGGCUUUAAGUCUGAGUUCACAGGACCGCAGAAUACUGGCCAUGGUGCAACUUCUGGUUUUGGCAGUGCUUUUACAGGACAACAAGGAUAUGAAAAUUCAGGACCAGGGUUCUGGACUGGCUUGGGAACUGGUGGAAUACUAGGAUAUUUGUUUGGCAGCAAUAGAGCUGCAACACCCUUCUCAGACUCGUGGUACUACCCGUCCUAUCCUCCCUCCUACCCUGGCACAUGGAAUAGGGCUUACUCACCCCUUCGUGGAGGCUUGGCCAGCUAUUCGGCAUGUUCAAACUCAGAUACGAAAACCAGAACUGCAUCAGGAUAUGGUGGUACCAGGAGACGAUAAAGUAGAAAGUUGGAGUCAAACAUUGGAUGCAGAAAUGUUGGAUUUUUCGUCACUUUCUCUUUAGAAAAAGCGCUACCUGUUAACAAUUGGGAAAAGGGGAUAUUCAAAAGUUCUGUGGUGUUUUGUCCCGUAUAGCUUUUUGUAUUCUAUUAUUUGAGGCUAAAAGUUGAUGUGUGACAAAAUACUUACGUGUUGUAUGUCAGUGUAACAUGCAGAUACAUAUUGCAGUUUUUGAAAGUGAUCAUUACUGUGGAAUGCUAAAAAUACAUUAAUUUCUAAAACCUGUGAUGCCCUAAGAAGCAUUAAGAAUGAAGGUGUCGUACUAAUAGAAACUAAGUACAGAAAAUUUCAGUCUUAAGUGGUUGUAGCUGAUGAGUUAUUACCUCAUAGAGACUAUGAUAUUCUAUUUGGUAUAUUAUUUGAUGUUUGCUGUUCUUCAGACAUUUAAAUCAAACUUUGGACUAAUUAUGCUAAUUUGUGAGUUUUGAUCACUUUUGGGCUCUGAAGCUUUGAAUCAUUCAGUGGUGGUGAUGGCCUUCUGGUAAGUGAAUAUUACCUUCUAUAGGAAAAGGUAGAAAAUAAGCAUCUGGAAGGUUGUUGUGAAUAACUGUGCUGGCAAAAAUGCUUUAAACCUCUGUAUUCAGUUCAUAAGAGGUAAAGGUCAAAUUUUUCAACAAAAGACUUUUAAUAACAAAAGCAUGCAGUUCUCUGUGGAAUCUCAAAUAUUGUUGUAAUAGUCUGUUUCAAUCUUAAAAAGAAUCAAUAAAAACAAACAAGGGGUUUAGUCUCA